AUGCCCACCCUCCUCGACACCUACAACCCCUCCAUCCUCGCCAUCCCCGUCCUCCACAUCCUCGCCAUCCUCCCCCAUGGCUAUGCCCUCAGCGUCGCAACCGGCGGCCACCCCACGCGCUGGGACAACCGCAACCCUCGCUCCACUGAUCUGAAGUCGAAACUCAGCGAGCGGCUCUCCGCCGACGACUUCGCCCUCUAUGAACGCCUCGAGGCAUGUUCGGCCAACGGCAUGGAGAACCUGCCUCUCUUUGCGACGGCGGUGAUACUGGGGAAUAUGGCCGGGUUGAAGAAGGAUGGUAUCUGGGGGAUGACGGGGUUUGCAGCGAGCUUUUUGGCGGUUAGGGUGCUGUAUACGGCUGCGUAUGUGGGUGGCAAGACGCAGGGGUUGAGUUUUGUGAGAAGUGGGCUUUGGACUCUGGGCGUGGGAUUGUGCUGGAGGGUUAUCAUUAAGUCGGCGAAGGCUCUUGGAGGGGCGAGGUUGUGA